GCUAGAGACAGGAGGAGGAGGAGCGAGUAGACUAAUGAAUGAUAGUGAGUGUCACAGGAUUGUCUCACCUCGAUCUGCGGCGUCGGAGCUGUCAAGAUGGCUGUCCUGGGCUCCUGUUAAAUGACUGCGACGAUUUCAUCCGUGAGACAGUGGCAGAUCAGCAAGUUAUUUCGUCGCGGCGGCGGUAGAAGUAUUUCACACACACACACAGAGAUCUGCAGAUGGGUCAGGGUCUGUGGAGGGUGGUGAGGAACCAGCAGCUGCAGCAGCAGUACAGUGAACAGUGCUUCCUCCAGCAGGACAGAGAGCAGGGCCGGAGGAUGGGGCCCCCGCUGGCUGAGCCGCUGCAGCAGCACCGCACACCGCAGUGCCAGGUGCCCGGCGCCGACAUCAGCUACCUGCUGCGCGUCCGCAAGGGCAAAGAGGAGCAGGGCUUCAUCGAUCUUGAGAUGCUGCCGCCCGAACUCAGCAUCACCAUCCUCUCCUACCUGAAUGCUACCGACCUGUGCCUGGCCUCCUGCGUGUGGCAGGACUUGGGGAAUGAUGAGUACCUGUGGCAGGGCCUGUGUAAGUCCACUUGGGGUCACUGUUCCAUAUACAACCGAAGGCUUCCAUCUGGAUUUUCAUACAGAAAACUCUACAUGGAAUUAGAUGAAGGAAGUCUAACCUUCAACGCCAACCCGCAAGAGGGUAUCAGUUACUUCAUGUCCAGAGGUAUUCUUGUGGACCACCCGAAGGAAAUUGCCAAGUUUAUAUUCUACACCAGAAUGCUGAAUUGGAAGAUGCUGCGGAUUUAUCUUGAUGAACGGCGAGAUGUCUUGGAUGAGCUUGUCAAACUUCAUAACUUUAGUAACCAGUUCCUCCCUAAUGCACUGAGAGACUUCUUCAGACACAUUCAUGCACCGGAGGAGAGGGGCGAGUACCUGGAGACCCUCAUCACUAAGUUUUCUCAUCGUUUCUGUGCCUGUAACCCCACUCUGGUGCGGGAUGCGGGCUUAAGUCCUGAUGCAGUGUACGUGCUGUGCUACUCCCUGAUUCUUCUCUCCAUCGAUCUGACCAGCCCUCACGUAAAGAACAAGAUGUCCAAGAGGGAGUUUAUCCGAAAUACACGGCGGGCUGCUCAGAACAUCAGCGAGGACUUUGUAGGGCACCUCUAUGACAACAUCUAUCUGAUCGGCCAUGUGGCGGCCUAGGCACUACAGCGCUUGACACGUUACAGAGAGACUGCUGGCACGCCAAACAUUAGUGACUGCACUAGGAAGGAUUCUGCUUGAAGCUGGAAGAAACACUGUGGGAACCCUGCAGGUCAUUUUAAACUGAAGUCUUAUGAGUGAAGCUCUUGAUACGAUCGGCUGCAUUGCAAAGGAGUGGAGGACAGCCACAAUCUGAAGAAUCCGCAAAAGCGAGUCAGUUGUUAGCAGGCUAGCAAUGGUAGCCACUAGGUUUCUCUAUUACAAACCGAUUAAACAUGCAAAACCGUGUAGCUACAUGAAGAUAUAUGAGAUAAGCUAUGAAGUCAGUUAAAGCUGAAUGUAGAC